CUAAAGCCAGUAAGCGAUGCGAAUUUUGAACCGCGCAAAAGAAGGGAAGGAAUAAGGAAUGCUAAGGAAUAAAUCAAGAUUGAAUUACAUAUCAAACACCAGCGCGAUGAAACCAACGAGAGGUAAAACGCCCAAGAAAACCCCUAAAAGGCUCAAGACUGCACCAAAGGAUCCUGUGGAGGUUUACUGCAGACUAAGGCCCUUAGAGUCUGGCUUAACUGAGCGAUGCUGUGCACCAACAAGCAGCACUAUUCUGAAGAUCUGGCCUCCGGAAUCCUCCCAGACGUUCAAAUCCGGCAACUAUAAGGAGUUGGAUUAUGGAUUCAAGUUUGUGUUUGAUGAGGAGAGUUCACAGAAAGGCUUGUACGACCAUGUAGCAUUGCCUCUAGUAGAUGAUUUACUGCAUGGCAAAAAUGGGUUACUGUUCACUUAUGGGAUAACUGGGUCUGGAAAAACACACGCAAUGACCGGAACGCCACAGGAUGGGGGUAUUCUUCCCCGGUGCCUCGAUGUCAUUUUCAACAGCAUUGGUGAACUACAGGCUUAUAAAUAUGUGUUUAAACCAGACAAGGCCAACUUGUUUGAAGUGCAGACGGAAGCUGAUGCAAUGCUAGAGCGUCAGGAGCGCGACGUCGCUCCACCGACCAUCCCCAAGACUCCAACCACUCCUCGCAGGCCCCGAGGAGCAGACUUUGAGUACGGGUCGCGCGUGCCGGACCACACGAAGAUCACGAAUCUGUUUGAAGACAACGUGUACGCGGUGUUCGUGUCGUACGUCGAGAUAUACAACAACUACGUGUACGACCUCCUCGAGGAAACGGAAUACGACGGCGUCAAACCCAGGCCGCCACAGUCGAAGGUGAUGCGGGAGGAUGCGAAUCGCAAUAUGUACGUGAGUGGAGCUGUAGAGGUGGAGAUUAAGAGCACAGAGGAGGCCUUCGAGGUGCUGUUGAAAGGUCAGAAGCGGCGUAGGGUGGCACAUACUGUGCUCAACACCGAGUCAAGUCGAAGCCACAGCGUGUUCAACAUCAGACUGGUGCAGGCACCAUCAGACCCUGUCGGCGAGGAAGUGCUUAUGGAUGGGGAAGCUAUCUGUGUUAGUCAGAUGUCUCUGGUGGACUUGGCAGGCAGUGAGAGAACUCACAGGACAAACAAUUCUGGAGAUCGGCUCCGUGAAGCUGGAAACAUCAAUACGUCGCUAAUGACAUUAAGAACUUGCAUAGAGACGCUUAGGGAGAACCAAAUGAUGGGCACUAAUAAGUUGGUUCCUUAUCGAGACAGCAAAGUUACGCACUUGUUUAAGAACUAUUUCGACGGUGAAGGCAAGGUCAGAAUGAUUGUCUGUGUCAAUCCGGCCGGCCCUGACUAUGAGGAAACAUUGCAUGUGAUGAAGUUUGCGCAGCUGACACAAGAAGUGCAGGUAACACGGCCGACCGAAAUUAUGUUUGACGUUGGUUUGGCUCCUGGCCGUCGCCGUGCCAACCAGAUGUACAAGGAUGCUAUGAAGAAAGCAGAGGAGGAUGGAACUGAUGUUGAUCUGGCAGUUCUACCCAUUCCAUUACAGUACAGCCUUGGGCCCCCAUUCCCACAACUAGAGAUCAGUGACGCAGCCGAUGGCAGUGUGCUGGUUCCGCUGGUGCAGUUCCUGGUGGAUCGGCAGAACCGUAGGAAUACCCUGCUUCGUGACCUCGCUCACAAACAAACGCAAUUUCGAAAUGAUUUGGUUACAUUAGAGAAUGAGAGAAAUCACUACAAAUCUCAAGCAGAGUACCUGACGACAGAGUUGGAUGCUGAGCAGAAGAAGAGCGAUCGGCUUGAGCGGCAGCUGAAACAGUACCAGAAAUACCUGAGCGAAAUGGAGAGAGCUAACCUGAACAGUGAGGCUGACAAAGUGCAUCUGCAGUACGAGCUGGAUGACAAGAGAAUGAAGAUCACGCAGGAGCAGAUGGAGCGAGAUCGGCUGAAGAACAAGUAUCGCAGCAAGAUCGACCUUGAGCGGGAGCGCAUGAGCAAAGAAAUGGAGAAGCGUGUGAAGAUGACGGAGGAGGAACUGAAGUCGAAGAUGUGGGAGCGCGAGGAGAAGCUGCGCGCGGUGAAGGAGAUCCUCGCAUCGGAGACUCCGGUGCGACGACCAGGUGGGAAGGCGGCGGUGGCGCCACCAACCGGCGCGAGGGCAACGGCUAACACGCCUCGCUUCCAUGCAGGCCGUGUGAAGCCUGCUCAGUCCGAGCCGCGGCUGAACUUCGUCGGAUCUCGGGUGAGAGAGUUCAACAACCAGACACCGACUUCUCGACCUGGGACGAAGCUCAGAUCCAGGUCUCCUCCUCCAAAGGGCAGCGCUCCUGUUGUUAACAUCCGACACAGACGAUCCCGCUCCACUGGUGCCGAUACGUGGCUGGACCACAGACCUCCUGGCAAUAUUGAAACUGGCACAGUACUGCAGAAGAAACUUCGUAACAAGAAGUCUGUGAGCCAGUUGGAAGUGCAGGACACGCAGCGCUCCUCCAAGUACCUGCUCACGCAUCAGGAGCAGCAAGCCGACGGAAACGUAGAGACCAGGCUUAUCAAGGGCGACUGCCUUCCUACGGCCGGAGGCGGGACUGCUGUCGUCUUCAACGAUGUUGAAGUGCUUCGGCAGACGUCGCCGGGAAGCAGGAAGCGGCGCUCGGAUCCGGACGAAGACAUGGUGAACGGCGUCGAUGGCGACUGGACGGACAUCGAGACCAGGUGUGCAACGGGAAUUGAGGGCCACCAUGGCAGAAUUACAGGAAAGCGAACGAAAGUAUGAAUAUGGUGACAGAAACAGAAGCCAUUCGACCUAGAUGCAAUCCUGUGAAGAACUGCACGUGUAAUCAUCGUGCGGCAACUACUUGAUGAUCCGUGGAAUGCUUCAAGUCGGUUGCCUAUAUAAUCGUAGCAUAGUCAAGGUAGCGGGGGUGUAGUGAGUGAGCCGGCGUUCACAUAAUCAUCGAAGUGAUAUUUCAGUGGAACAGAUUGGCGUGAGCUCUGGGUACUGUAUCAGAGUGUAAAUUAUUGUCUAUAAUGAUGGAAGUAGUGAGAUUGAAUCCUGCGCGGGAGGAAGGAGGAGGAGGGUGAGUUGGACAUGAAGAAGAGGGGAGAGAGGACGCAUCGCUGCUGAUGAGUUUGAGUAACAGUGAGAAGCGAGACGAAUGUUGAGAUUUUUGUACAAAAUACGCAUGUUGAUGGUGGUGAGCGGUGGUAAUAUUAACAAAAAAGAAACUGUACUUGCACUAUAGAAUAUGAUACAUCAUGAAAAGAAGAAUGUGUGGAGUAGAAGUGUAAGGAAUAUAAUCAAGAGGUUGAUAUCAUCUGCAUGGUCGAAAUUUGACACUAUUUGGUGAUGAUUUUGUAUUGGUCUGUUGUCUUGAAUUUUCAUUCAUACUCCUACUAUUUCCAUGCGGUCGUUAAAUUUAUUCUGUGUUGCAUAUUGGCUCAUUUUGAAAUUGCAUUCCUCAGUUUAAAUAGCAGCACGUUUUCCAAAACUGAAACGUUCAUGCCUUAUCUUGGGCACAUGCAGGUGGUAUCUGUAACUCUAUGUAAUUCAUAAUGUCACCACCAUAACUAAUCUUGUAGCAUCCACUGCACUUUCAUUUUUUAUGAAUAUUUUAUAUCGUGAGAAGUCUUGAGUGUUUCAUUUUAUCAUGUCUCCGUUUUGGUGUUUUAUGAUUUUUUCUUAUACUUUCGCUAGUGAUUUAGCAUUCACAUGUGGUACCGUUUUUAAUGCCGUGGCAGUACACUAUUAAAAUACUGCUGUAAAAUCACUGACUAUUGCCAAUGUUGUAAUCUAUAAUAUGAUUCUGAGUCAUUCACGUAUAUGUUUUCAAAUGACAAAUAUCUAAGCCUUCAGUUACGUGUCCGUAUGUGAAUGCUGCUGCUCUGCUAUGUCCUGUCCAAUUU